AUGCCUGCGGGCGCCCUUCAUGUCGGCUUCUCGCUGUGGUUGGCUACCUUGUGUGACUGUACCAGUCUUCUUCCGCGCAGCCUUCGGCUGACAGGCGCCGCCGUGGAGGCCGAGCCGCGGCCGCGAGCGGCGCGGCCGCCGCCGAACCGCUCGGCCCUGCUGGCGGUGGAGGCCGGCCGGCUCGGCCCGCGGCGGCCGGGGCAGCUGGACAGCCUGUACCCGCGGGCGCGCCACGCGGCCUGCGGGGCGCCCCGCGCGGCCGACUCGGGCAGCCGCGCGGGGGAACGGUGCCCCGCGGCGUGCCCGCUGUACCAGGAGGACCUGCAGGGCGGCGGCGCCCGCGGCUGCGUCUUCCGAUGCGUGGAGAGCUCCGCCCAGGCGUGCGCUGCCGCGAAUCCGGGGGCGACCGUGGCGGACCCCGAGUGGGGCAUCUGCCGCUCCUGCUGGGUCGAGGGCUGCCAGCGCUGCGCCGGGGACGGCACGGACCGGUGCGCCGAGUGCGCCAUCUCGUUCCAGCUGGUGGGCGGCAGGUGCGUCGGCAGGUACGGCUGGGUGUGGAAGGCUGCCGCCGCCGUGGCGGCGUGCCUCGUUCUGGUCCUCGCCCUGUGGGUCGCCAACCUCAGGGGCCGCCCAGUGACCAACCCCUACGCCGUGGACAUCGGGGUUCGUGUUGUGUCGUCGUCGCCGUCGCUGGUGUACUGGAAGUGCUUGCUAGUGAUCAAGGGGUCGGUCACGGUGACAAGGUUGUGGCUCUUCAGGUGGUGUAGUUCGUGGGGGGCGGUUGUCGUGAUCGGUCCGACGUUCAUCCGGCAGGCCGUGCCGUUGGCGAUGCACGUGUACAUGAGGAAGAUGGCGUCCCGUAUCUUCGCGUGGACUUUGAGCGAGCGCGUCAUAGUGACUGGCAUCCCCAUGUCCGUGUACUGCUGCUGCGACUUCGUCGGUAACUUCGUCAGGCCCUGCAGCUCGUCCAAGUUUGGAAAGCGCCAGUUGUUCUUCGAGCUCGUAGAUGCUGGCGAAGCUGCGGGCGCGGACGUCGGCGAGCGCCUGCCCGGGGAGCGCGCGGCCGAGGUUCCCGCCGCGGUCGACGACAGUGCCGGCACGCCGGUGGAGGUGCAGCGGAGCGCGAGCGCGGAGAGCUACGGCUUCGCCGCGGGCUCGGGCGAGCUCCACGCCGACCAGCCGCCGGGCCCCCCAGCGCGCGGCGCUGCCGUCACGGCCGAGCCCAGCUACGGGCGGCUGUCGUACGCGGACUCCUACGGCUCGCCCCGCUGGGCUCCUGCGCGCUCGGACUCGUCCGGCUCCGGGGCCUCGGGCGACGCGGCGCGGAGGGACCCCCGAUCCAUCAUGGGCAAGGCCGAGCAGUGCAAGGACGAGUUCGCGUCGACGCGGCGCAUGUGGCCGCUGUCCACGAACCUGUGCAAGCAGGACGUGGCGGGCCCCGGCGUCAUCCUCAGCUUCAACUUCCAGGCGGGGGUGAUGCUCUGGGGGCUGGCGGUGGCGGUGUUGUGGGCUGCCAUGGCCUUCCUCAUCGACACGGACCUGCUGCGCAUGGGCACGCGGUCGGCCUCAACGCCGCGCGACCAGUGCAUCGUGAUGGCGUGGGGCUUCGAGACGCAGCGCCGCCUGAUGUGGGCGAAGGUGCUGUUCUUGGCCUUCGUCUACGCUCUCAGCUCUGGCGGCGCGCUGCUGCACAGCGUCAGGCAGCUGCGCGCCUUCCAGCGCAUCGACGAGGUGGAGACGACCCACAGGGACUACGCCGUCAAGCUCUCGGGCAUACCAGCCAUGGACCCCAGCCGGUUCGUCGAGGAGGAGCUCAAGGACCUGCUGGAGAGCGCCACCAGGAAGCCCGCCGUGGGAGUCUCGGUGUGUUGGUGCAUCAAGAGCCAGAGCCAGUCGGACCUGCUCAACGGCACCAUCGCCUUUGAUCUUCAGGAGCGCGAGGAGGCGGUGACCGGCAUCAAGCCCGACGAGGGCGGGGACUCUCCGGCGGCGCACCAGGAGCGGACGCUCGUAGACCGGCUGUUCGCCAGCAUCGAGUCCGCUUUCGUCCAAGAGGGGUUCCAGAGGAUCCUGAGGAAGGGGAAGUCUCGGCAGAAGGGCCUCCAUGGGCAGCCGCGUCGCAGGCGCGAGCUCCCUCCGCAAGGCCCGCGCCUGCCGGUGCACGAAGACGCCGACUACCCCGUCCGAGACGAGUCUGCGCAGAGUCUGGGCGGGGUGGUCGUCGAGGAGCUGCUGGGCAUGUCGCACUCUGGAGAAGCCUGGGCCGUGUUCAACACGCAGGCGGAUAGGGACGAGGCCGUGGAAGCGGUCGCGAGCGCUCGCGGCAUCGAGUUCGAGGGCAGCGUGAUCACUCUUGAGAAAGCGGCGCUGGAUCCCGAUUCGAUCCUCUGGGAAAACAGUGGUUUCCUGAACUCCACGAGCGAUCUCGUCAUGAAACUGGCCGUGGGCGGUGGCGUCGUGAUGCUAUCGUUGGCGGUAUGGGUAGUGGCGUUCUUCGGGCCGUACGCUUACUUCGUGACCAACGCAACGUACACGUACGGGCAGGAGCCCAGCAACACGGAGGUGUUUGUGUUCUCAGGGGUCGUCAUUGCGGGCAACGCCCUCAUGUGCUUGGUAUGCAGCGAGGUAUCUGACUGGGUCGGGUUCCACACGACGGACGCCCGCGAGGUCUGCAACAUGCUGCUCUAUCCACGCGCGGUGGCGGACAACUUAGCGUGCGUUGUCCAGGUGGUCCUCGACCUCGCCAUCACCUACAGCAUCUCGUACCUACGGCUUGUGGGAAGGGAGAUCCGGACCUACGACGGGACGCCCCUUUCGGAGCUCCCCACGUUCGUGGAGAGGAUCGAGGCCUACCCGAUGCAGCAGGAGCUCGGAAGAGAGGUCUACAUGUUUGCGUGGCCGGCCACCUUCCUCCUGCCCUUCCUGAUCGAGCCCCUGAUCACCGUCUACGUGCCCUUCAAGCUGAUGGAGUACAUUGUACGGAGCCACAGGGAGAUCACUUACACCACCGCAGAGGCAUACGCACCUGCUUGUUACUUCUCCACGAUGCAGGUGGCUCCUGACAAAUUCAAUACGUAA